GCAUGCACCUUGCUCACAUUAUAACCGGUGUUUGACUAUUUGGGCUUGCCUAUUUGCUGUCAAGGUAGCAGACGUAAAACGAUGAGACCAAGUCCUGGUUACUGAAUGUCGAAGUUUCGUUGAGGUUUUUUUGAUCGUCUGUGAACAUGACAAACGUUUAUUCUUUUGAUGGAAUCCUGGUGUUCGGACUCCUCUUCAUAUGCACCUGUGCGUACCUCAAGAAGGUGCCCCGGCUAAAGAACUGGCUGCUGUCUGAGAAAAGAGGCAUCUGGGGUGUCUUCUACAAAGGUGCUGUGAUUGGGACAAGGCUUCACCUGCCUGUGGCGUUGUCCUGUCUCUCAAUGGCAUUUUAUGUGCUCUUCAUAAAGUGACAGGGGGUGGUCUGUGCUUGUGGACAAGACAGAAGAAGCACUAGACACUCCCAGUGUCCCAGGGCCCACAUGCAGGAUGAAGACUACUGCUCCCCUAUUGGCCCAAAAGUUUAUAGCAUUUACAGAGCAAAAAAGAAAAUUACAUCAUUGUGAAAUUUGACCUAAUUGCAUUGUGCAUACUGGAAAACAAGUCUUAAAGUGGAUUUUCGUGGUCACAGGUGAAGGAUGCAAAAGAGACUGUGCUCACACCAUAGAUUCAUUUUUGCACAAUUUCUUUCGCCAGUGAUUUAAAUCUAUAAAAAGUGAGUUGGUAUUGCUUGUCUCUAAAAAAAGAGCCCAAGGUCUCACAGCACAGUAGGAGUUUAGAAUAGAAUUGUAUCU